AUGUCCAAGUCGAAUACCUACAGCGCGAACGAUGGGCCGGGCCCUCCGCAGCCGACCUAUGACCCGAACCCUCCAACCACCGCUGCCUUCUCGCCCACCACAAGUGGUGGCUAUUCCGCGACAUCGAAGCAGCGAUCGACAGUGAUAGUACACAAGAAGUCACCGCUACUUGUCGCGACGCCACCACAGAUCACGCGGGCGUUAGCACAUUCGCAUCCGUUCCUGCUACCACUGAACAAGUUUGUUGGCUUGAUCUCAUGGACCACGGAUGAUCCAUGGGAGUCGUAUCUGCUAGUUGCUGCAUUCUGGGCCGUCACAAUUUAUGGCGGCUACGUACUGCGGUAUACUGGGCCACUGAUAUUCGUUACCUUUCUCAUUCUCGGGAUGUAUUCGCGACGAUACUCCCCGCUCUCUUCUACCUCCACCACCGGCGAAAAGCAUUCUAAAUCCAUCGAAGCCUCUACUAGCAUGCAGCACAAAUCUCUUGACGAGAUAGUGGAUACUCUAUCUCAGUUUACCACUCGCUGCAACAUUCUACUUGACCCCUUCCUCACCAUGACCGACUUCCUAUCGACUCAAAGGACCCCGACUUCCGCUACCACCCGGCCCGCCCUCACUACUCUAUUUAUCCGUAUUCUCCUCGUCUCGCCGCUCUGGAUCGGUCUCACCCUUCCUCCUUUCUACAUUCUCACAUCUCGCCGCGUUAUUCUCUUUACUGGAACCACCAUUUUGACGUGGCACUCUCGGCCUGCUCGCGUUACCCGCGUGCUUUUGUGGCGCUCACUCUUCCUGCGUCGACUUUCCUCCCUUAUCACAGGCCUCUCUUUCCCCAAUCCCGGGCAGGCCUCCGCCUCGAACAACACAAACACAUCACAACACCACACGGCCUCCGCUAUCGCCUCCACGACUCGGAAGGCUGCGUCUUCCGGGGUCCGAUUCACCUUCAUUCUUUAUGAGAACCAGCGCCGGUGGAUUGGUCUUGGUUGGACUACCUCUCUUUUCGCCUAUGAGCGCGGUCCUUGGACCGAUGAGCACCUGAAUCCAGCCCCUUCCAAGGACGAAUUUGAAUUACCUGAUGUUGAUAAUGGCUCCUCCAAGUGGCGUUGGGUAGAAAGUAACGACUGGCGCAUCGAGCGUGGAAACGCAAAAGCGCACGCUAGAAAUGCCAGCACGGGAAGCCGAACAGGCGCAACAGGUGCGUCUCAAGACGGCGGCGAUGGAGACGGAGGUGGGUGGAUAUACUACGAUAAUAAAUGGGAGGAUGGCAGGUUCGAGGACGGUUGGGGGAGGUAUACAAGAAGAAGGAAGUGGUAUCGCGACGCGGAACUUGUAGAAGUAACACCAAGUCCCACGCCCAAAAAGGACAUCGCACAGAGCGAGGACGAGAGCGAGGAGAGCCGCAUUCACCGGGCCCGGCAGUACGCCGAAGGCCUCGCCAAAGGAACCCUUUCACUAAGCUCACCCACGAGUGGGCAGGACAGCGGCAAAACCACCGUCUCUACAACGACCGCUUUGGAGACGCCGACGAGCGGCGAUCCAACGUCACCCGACGCCAAAGCCGCCGCAAAGCGCCGCAGCGGAUGGUUCAGUCGCAACAGGUCGGAAAGCAAGUCCUCAAGUAGCAAGAACACGGCCCUCACGAAGGACAGCACGCGCUCGAGAGAUGGACCGGAAGAUGACCAUGUGGACACAUGGCGGGAUUCGGGCAGGGGUUUCUCGGUCGCGGGUGAUGAUCUCAGCAUGGGAUUGAGCUAG